CAUUCACUCAUCCAUCAUUCCAUCCCAACUGCAACGCAAUCAUCCCUUCACAACGCAGUCACAAUCCACUUACUCUCCCAUUCCGACACAGUCAUCGAGUCGCCUGAACCCUUGUGCAAGAGUGUCGGCCUGCGCGCCUCGUUCGAUACCGCCGACUAGACUGGCCUCGUGCGCCGUCCUCGUUGUCAACAAAAUUGCUGUUCUGCAAACGGUCAACGAGUCGCAACCUCGAAUUCGUCCUCCCCCACCGCAUCCUUCCUCUCAUUCCUGAGUCUCGACCGCUCUCACCACGAACCUUGCCUUCGAUUUCGCCGUUGACCGAGACCUGCGCACCGCGAUUUUCUGCGAGCCAGCCUCGUGUGGUUGCGCUCGAACCGACUACGCUCAGGGCGUUUGCUUACGGGGCUUGUGGGGGAGAAAAACGGUGACUUGCAAUUUCGGCUUACCAUUCGGCGUCCAAGGCGCACGUCCAGGUGUGCCGGCCAUGCAUUGCUUGAUGGUUGAUUCCGCUUCAAUAUGAACGGGGAAAGGCGCACGGCCAAUGGGGAGCAAAUAUCAAAUGGCUUCCAACAGCCCGCCGUGGAUUCCACGCCUGAAGUUGGACAAUUGAAGCAAGCAUCGUUGCCUGAGGACCCUCCACCGUCUCCCAUUGACCACACAAAUGGAGAUGUCGGGUCAAAUCAGCAGACCUCUGAAACCAGAGCCCACGAUGCCACCCACCUUCACGAACAAGCGCCAUCCGAGAUCCUGCAGCUUAUUUCUCAAGAUAGCUACCUGCCGAUGGCUGCUCUCAUAAACCGUGCUUCACAGUCAUGCUGGAACCGCCUACUUGAGAUGGUGAUUCAGUUGGCUUCAAUGCCCGUCCCUGAAAUGCCACCAGAACAAGCGAAACUCCUGCCCAAUGGCCUCCCUAACAACCAGUCCAAGGUAAAUUUGGACAAAAAGGACCGGCUACUGAAGUUUUCGAAUGAGCAAAAGGCGGAUUUUAUAAAACUUCUGGUAUUGCUGCAAUGGAGCAACAAUGUGGAGGAAGUGAGCAAGACCAUCUCAAUCAACUAUUGGCUCAUGCAACGUCGAGAAGCGUACUGGAAUGCUAUCGGAUCAAUGGCCCUUCUCAAGCAGGAAUCUUCGGGAUUUCAAAUACCGAACCCAGACCUCAAAACAGCCGCCGAAGUUCUGUCAAGAGGUAGUGUUCUCAAUCUCCCCCGCCUGGGUUAUAUACCACAGAAAGACCUGUCCAGCAGACAGAUACUUCGAAUCCUCCAGUCGCUUAACCGGACGUUGAGCAUCAAGCUGGCACUUUCGGAUAAUUUACCCCAUCAGCUGCGAAGAUUCCGGAUUCAUGAUGGACGUGCCACUUUCACUGUGCCCAACGAAUUCGAACUGGACGUCUCCAUACUAGGUGAAAACCAAGACUCUCCGUUUCGCAUGGUUGAUUUUCGGUUUUCCUUCCAGCCAUCCCCUCAUAUCCCCGAUAGUCUACAUUCGGAGAUCGAACUAUAUGCAAAUUCCAACAUCGAUCGAGACGGGCUAAAAGGCUGCUAUGACUUUCUGCACGAGCUGGCUUUGUCUUAUAAGUUGGCUGAACUCCACAAGCAAGCGCUCGACCUGGCUCGAAAUCAAUGGGCUGGCAACCUACGCGUUGAACUAAUUCGUCGGAAUCUCAUCGUGCAGUAUUGGCCCGAAAGACAAAUUGGGAAAAGCUGGAUUGAGGUCGGCAUUGCUAGUGGUCGAGAGAAGCAGAAAACCACCAAGACGGACUCGGCGCCUUUUCUCGAGAUCAAAUGGAUGCGACAGGGCAAAAAAGCGGACUCUCUGCAAUUACACUUGAAUGAUGCACUGCUCUGCUUCGAAGCUAUUCUCCGCCAAGUGCUCGCACAGCAUACAACGCAGCUCCUGGACAACAUCUAUGAUAAACUCGGUCUUACACCUCUGUUCACCAACGCCGAACUCUUCUUGGAGCAAUCGCUUUCCUAUGAGGAUCCAGAAGAGUGCUCCCUUACGAUGCAGCUCUCGCGCUCCUCAGAACUCCAGCUGAAAAUUGAUCCUGUGACAGGCCUGGUUGUUCUCAGCCCUGUUACAGAGAGAACAGAACGACUUCAGUAUGAGAUCAAUCGGGUCCAAGGUGUCGCAGACGACGUCGUCUCCAAGCUCCUCAAUUACAGGUGCAGCAUCAUGGAAACCAAGGUUCUUGUCGGCAUUCUGGGUACCUGCUGGGAAGUUUUGCGCUCGUUCAAGCUUAGCCAAGCAGAGGCGAGAGCGCUAUUUGGAGGGCCAGUUUCGAGGAUGAACAUGUUCCGCCAGAAUCAGUGGACAUCAAGCUAUACCCUAGCCAUCACGCACGCCUCAGAUGGAGAUCAUUGGUGGCUGCUGCAACAAGUUACCGCCGGCGCUACGAACGCUCAAGCUCGUUAUAGGGUUCUUCGCAAGCAGACGAUAGAGGUCAAGGAAGAACUGUCCUCUGCAUAUUUCGAUCGACUCGCGGAGUACUUGAUGGGUCUGAUUUUUCUCGAGCGCAACGCCGACUUCUUCAGGGACAGGAAAGAGAAGUUUGAUCUACGACCCUUACCAGCGUUCGAACGGCAUUACGAAUUGCCUGAAAUAUCAUUUGACUUGGAUAUGGCCAGGCCAGCUUUCUCGAAGCAACCGAUGCCUCCUGUCGCUUCCGAGAGCACAUCUUCCUUACAGCCGACCAACAGUCUGUCCAAGUCUCCUACGUCACAAAAAGGCAUCAAAGUCCGUUUCGAUGGAGUUGAUCGCUCCACGAAUAGAGUUAGGGCAGUGGCUCAGUAUCAAUAUCAGGCCAGUUCUGCAGUGCUUAGACGUCUUGAAGAGUCUGUCCUCGAUGCUAGCGUCUCCCUGAAUCCUGAGAACAAAACCGUCAUAAUUCGAGUUACGACUGCUGUAGCGGAAGCUGCAAUUCCAGAAAUUGCCGACAAAGCCAUGGAUCUUGAAAAGGUGGUCUCGACCGUUGAGCAGAUUCAUCGUCUACCAGGACUGAGAUUGAAAACGAUAUCGAAUUCCAGUUUUACGAUAGCGUAUCACGAGGGAGCACCUGCCGAACUAGAACUCAGAAUCGGAUUUCCGAGCGGCAAUCAAGCACCACAACUUGAUUUCUUCCCAGUGGAAGAGAAUCCGCAUCAAUUCCUCGCAGCACAGUACACAAAGCUGAUCGCCGCCAGCCGCGGCCCAUUUGCCACCAGAAUACGCGACUUCCUCACCUCAUUGACCUUGACACUUCCAUUGUUGACCUAUUUACAACGACUUCAGCAGAAACAUGGACUGAACCUCGAGGCAAAACAGCGCCUGGACUCAUCCGAGCGAGAAGACCACUUGCGAGUGCAUAUCCUCGUCAGGAAUGCGACUGCUUUUGCGAUUCAAUAUUUCACACCGGCAGGACAAGCGCCGAAGGAUGUCAAGGCAGAUUCCCAACCACAUAUGCUGGCAGGUCUGGAGAUAAUGCAUCACAUUAAUGCAUCAAGGAAACCAAUGUGGCUGGUGCGCGCAGCCCUUGAGGAGUUCCAAUCAUACUCUAUGCCAUCCUAUUCCACACCAGAGUUGGGGGCGAAGCUGAAGCAGGAAAUUUUUACACGGUCAGAUGGCCAGUCAAAAUGGCUUGCGCUAGAUAAAGCGGCGGCUUGCAUGGCUGACCAGCCAGAGCCUCUGCUGCAAGCUAUGCAUGAUCUCUUGUGGGAGUGGGCUAAGCUGGCGAAAGCGUCCGAAGGCAAGGUGCCCAACAACCAGGCAUCCAACAGGGCCAAGGGUGUACUAGGCAACCCAAACACAAUCAACGCCAACCUGCCGAAUGGUAACAAUAACCGGCCUUCUGCUCCCAUGAAAGCCCCUCCAGGUAAGAUGCAUGCACCAGGUGGUGCGAUUCUGAAUGGGGCAAAUGCCAAGGCACAAAGACCCCCAAACACUGUUGCUGGAGGAAGAUCGAUACCACCAAAUCACAAGGCGAACGCCAAUACCGCGCAAAAACAAGAGGUCAUUAUGCUGGACUAACCUUGACUGCCUACAACCGGCCGGGUGGCUCGUGUAUCAAUGUUUCUUUGACGAUUUUCAACUUUUCACUUUGCCCGAGUUUGUUCAUAAUGGUCUUGGAGGAGCUUGAAUUGGGGUGGUGACGAUAUACCCAAAAUGGGAUGGAUAACUCUUACGCAAAAAGGCCAACAGGUGGCUGGCGCCCCUUUAUGACAGUCAAUACUUAUGGAUGGAGUUUUCUCAGCUGGCAUAACGAGUGCUUGCCAGCAGGCUGUAUCUUGAGUGAGGGAUAGAAAUUCUUUGCAUCAGAGGGACCGCUCUAAUGACAGAGUUGAUACCACUUCUAGUCAGCAGACUGAACAGAUCGUGGGGUUAUUUUGCCCAUUCCGCUGUUAUCCACCUUUUUACUACUGU